AUGCCCAACACACAUGCGCCAGAAACCCGCUCCAUGACUAUCAAACGCAACGCUACUAGAGUCGACCCUGCUCACCGACUCACUGCAGUUGACGAUGCCAGUGUUCCGCCUACGACUUCUAGCUCUCAGUCUGUGGAACCGGUUGCUGAAGGCAUCCCAGCUGUCAGCUUCCCGUCAGUGCGACCCACUUCAACCUCUAGCGUUUCUCCUAUGCCAGCAAGCAGCCGGUCUAAACACCGCCACCGUCCUGUCAUCCAUAGCGAUAGCGACACGGACGAUCAGAUGACACAGCCAGAAGACCUAGAAGCGCUUCCGAUGCCGUCCAGUGGUCUCGUGUGGACUGCCGGUAGCUCCGUCAACAUGGUUGUACGAGGCACGGACAUGAAGGCUGACUUGAGGUUCAAGAGAGUUACAGUAUCGGGACUUAUAAGACUCAAACUGGGUCUCGAUGCAACCUCCGCGAGUGCGAUGUGGAGGGGGUUGCGAGAAUCUAUCGUUAGCCGAGCCGGUCCAGACAAAACGAACCGGUCAGGCUCAAUGCAAUGGCUCGACGUGGAAGAGACGCGCUACUGGGUGAACCUAUGGGGCUUCGAAUCCGACAUGAAGUGGUUUCUGUCCUGGGUAGACGGCACAGUUGACUUGGAUCCGAUCGCCAAUGCGUUGGCAUGUUCAAGAUGCGGUUCUGAGUUACGGACAGGCAAUAAUUACGGUAUCACUACCAUCAAGAAGCAUUUGGCGAGCCAUCUGGGUACUCUGACGUUCGAGGGCGUACUUGGAGCUGUAGUAUGUCAUGGGUGCAGCCAUGUUUUCAUCACGCCAGACGAGUUCGAGAAGCACAUCUGCCCCGGAUACUAG